AUGAACCAAAAACAACAGAAGCAUUUUGUUCUUGUUCAUGGUGUUUGCCUUGGAGCUUGGACUUGGUACAAACUAAAACCACAAUUAGAAUCUACCGGUCACAAAGUCACAGCACUUGAUCUUGCAGCUUGUGGCAUCAACACACAUAAAAUAGAAGAUGUUCAUACUUUUGCUGAGUAUGCUAAGCCUUUGUUAGAGUUUUUAGCAUCACUUGAAUCAAAUGAAAAAGUGAUUCUUGUAGGACAUAGCUUUGGUGGAAUGAGUAUAGCUCUUGCAAUGGAAAAAUUCCCAGUAAAAAUUGCUGUUGGAAUUUUCAUAGCAGCUUUCAUUCCUGAUACCCUACAUCAACCAUCAUAUGUACUUGAACAGAAUAUUGAGAGAUAUCCAAUGAGUGGAUGGUUAGACACUGAGUUUUUUUUUUAUGAAAGCAAAAUGGUAGUGCUUCCUGGCUUAAAGCUCUUGUCCACUAAAUUCUUUUCACAAUGCUCCACUCAGGAUUUGGAAUUAGGAAAGAUUUUAAGAAGGAAAGGGUCACUUUUUAUGGAGGAUCUAUCACAGGUAGAUAAUCUUUCUAAAGAGAGAUAUGAAUCGGUUCCACGUGCUUAUAUUGUUGCCGAUGAGGACUUAACAAUUCCAGUAGAGUUUCAAGAAUGGAUGAUCCAAAAUGCUGGAAUUGAUGUUGUGAAAGUGAUUAAUGGGUCUGAUCAUAUGCCUAUGCUUUCUAAAACUCAAGAACUUUGUUUGUUUCUCCUUGAGAUUGCUAAUAAAUGUGCUAUAUAA